AUGGUCGGGGGGGGGCGGUGGGAGCGGGGACGAGGCGCAGGACGAUCCCUGGGUGUGUUCCUCCGGACCUUGCCGGAGCUCACCAGGCUUUCGGUGGAAAGCUGCUCCUUGACCAUGGAGGAUCUUGAGCAGAUUGCCCGAGCACUCGUACGGAGCAGCAUCCACCGCUUGGACCUGGCGCAGAACCGCUUGCGCUCGGAGGGGACGCUCUUGAUUGCCAGGAUGCUGCCAAAGUCACAGAUCCAAGACCUGGGUUUGGAGAAGAAUGAGAUCGGCGACAUUUUGGUAUUGAAUGAACUGAAGCUUGCUCAUGAUAAGAGGCCCUUUGCAGGCCUUCGCCUUGCAGGAAACCGAUUCAGCAAUAGUACGCUGAACGCUUUCUCAGCCUCUCUCAAAAAGAUGGCAAAGGUUUGCCCGCCAGGAUGCAGGUGCUUUGAGGGUCGUGGCGAAGUGAUGUGA